AAUGCUCAGUAAAAAUGCGCAUGCGCGUCAGGAGACCGCGGUAGGCCCUGCUGUUUAUCCAACUCCAGUUCAACCCAGCGCAGAAAAACAAGGAGCAGGAAAAUCCCGAUGAACAGAGAAGAUCCCCGAAGGAAAACAUCUCUUUUCUAGUCCAGUACCAUAGCGGCUCCAGACGAACCAUGUGAUUGUUAGAGCAUCCGAUGUAGCUGUCAUGUGGUACAUCCACAGUCCAGCACGGCGGAAUGCUCAGCUCAGCAAGGAGCCGUUGACAACGGCUGGCCUUUGACAAAGGAUCCUCCCAGUGACUCUUGUAACUACCCCCCUCCCCUAGGGGGGGACACAGACCUCUGCCAUCCCCACAGUGCCUCCACAUUGGGUGGACCUUCAUCCUACACCACACUCCUCAUCCUCCCACAGAGUCUGCUAGACAGGAGGUUCAUUCACAAAUGUCUACCUCACGAUUAAAAGGCCCCUCUCCAUAACUGCGACCCUGAACAGGCUACAAAAUGACUUCCAGUAUAGGCGGGGAUGACGCCAGCAGUAUCUUUGAUGGGUUAAUGGAAGAAGAUGAAAAGGACAAAGCAAAACGAGUGUCCCGUAACAAGUCUGAGAAGAAGCGCAGAGACCAGUUCAAUGUCCUCAUCAAGGAGCUGGGUACCAUGCUGCCAGGCAACACCCGAAAGAUGGACAAGUCCACCAUCUUACAGAAGAGCAUCGACUUCCUACGCAAGCAUAAAGAAAUAGCUGCGCAGUCAGAGUCGAGUGAGAUCCGACAGGACUGGAAACCUCCUUUUCUUAGUAAUGAAGAGUUCACACAGCUGAUGCUGGAGGCAUUAGACGGCUUCUUCCUAGCAAUUAUGACAGAUGGGAACAUAAUCUAUGUCUCAGAGAGUGUUACAUCUCUACUGGAACAUCUUCCUUCUGACCUGGUGGAUCAGAACCUGUUGAACUUCCUGCCCCUGGGGGAACAUUCAGAUGUGUAUAAAGCCCUGUCAUCUCACAUACUGGAGGGAGAGACGCUAACGCCAGAGUAUCUCAAGACGAAAAACCAGUUAGAAUUCUGUUGCCACAUGCUCCGAGGGACGAUCGACCCCAAAGAGCCUCCUGUGUAUGAGUAUGUUAAGUUCAUCGGAAACUUCAAGUCCCUGAAUAAUGUGCCUAACUCAACUCGAAAUGGCUUGGAAGGGGUGAUCCAGCGGUCACUCCGGCCCGCUUUUGAGGACCGAGUCUGUUUCAUAGCAACUGUGAGAUUAGCCAAACCACAGUUUAUCAAGGAGAUGUGCACUGUUGAAGAACCCAAUGAAGAAUUCACCUCUAGACACAGCUUAGAAUGGAAGUUCCUCUUCUUGGACCACAGGGCUCCGCCCAUAAUAGGUUACCUGCCGUUUGAGGUUCUGGGUACAUCUGGAUAUGACUACUACCACGUAGAUGACCUGGAGACACUGGCCAAAUGCCACGAACACUUAAUGCAGUAUGGGAAGGGGAAAUCGUGCUACUACAGGUUUCUCACCAAAGGUCAACAGUGGAUCUGGCUCCAGACCCAUUAUUACAUCACCUACCACCAGUGGAACUCCAGGCCCGAGUUCAUCGUCUGCACGCACAUUGUCGUCAGCUAUGCUGAGGUGAGGGCUGAACAGCGCAGAGAGCUGGGGAUUGUUGAGGAGUCACCGCCAGAGAUCUCUGCAGUAGAUAAGCAGUCUCAGGACUCUGGUUCUGAGUCUCAACACCAGCUCAACACCUCCAGUCUGAAGGAGGCCCUAGAGGGCUUUGACCGCAGCCGGACGCCCUCGGCCUCCUCACACAGCUCCCGCAAGUCCUCGUCCCACAUUGCCAUCUCCAACCCAGCCUCACCUAAGCUUAAGACAGACAGGGGUACACCGGGAUGCCAGUCCGUCUCUGCUAUUGAGAUGACAUCACAGCGAAGAUCAUCCAUCAGCAGUCAGCAAUCGAUGAGCUCCCAGCACACCCAGAACACAGGGCAGAACAUGACCCCAUCCAUGGUUCCACAACAACAACCGCAGCAGCAGCAACAACAACAACUGCAACAGCAGCAACCCCCACCUCAACAGCAGCAGCUUCAGAUCCAGCCCAGUGUCCAGUUUUCCACCCAGCUGGAUGCAAUGCAGCACCUGAAGGAUCAGCUGGAGCAGAGGACCAGGAUGAUCGAGGCCAACAUCCAGAGGCAGCAGCAGGAGCUCAGGCAGAUCCAGGAAGAGCUCAACAAGGUGCAGGGCCAUGGCCUACAGAUGUUUCUCCAGCCGGGUACAAGUGGGCUGAGCCUGGGCUCUGUGCAGCUGGCACACGGGACCACCAUGCAGCCAGGGGGUGCUCUCACCAUGCAUGGCCAAGUGGUGUCUGCAGGCAGUCUGCAGGGCAGCACUCCACAGCAGCAUACGGUCCAACAACAACCCCAGCAGCAGUCCCAGCCCCAACAACAGAACCUGUUACGAGAAACUAGCUCUGUCCUCUCACAGUCUUCAGUGCGGUCGACUCACUCUCUGCCGCCCCAGCAGAGUGCCCUGCCGGCUUCCCUCUACAACACCAUGAUGAUCUCUCAGCCCAACCAGGCCAAUGUGGUCCAGAUCGCUACCAGCCUGGCCCAGAACAGCAGCAACAACACAGCUGCCAUGGCAAACUUUGCCCAGGACCGCUCGGGACAGAUCAGGUACACGAUGCCACCAACAGGGUUCCCUGCUGGCUCUCAGUUGCUGACUAAGCUGGUGACUGGGCCGAUGGCGUGUGGAGCGGUCAUGGUCCCUACAACCAUGUUCAUGGGCCAGGUGGUGACAGCAUUCACUCCUCAGCAGGGCCAGACUCAGACCAUCAGCAUUGCCCAGCAGCAGCCUCAGCAGCAGGAGCAGCAGGCUCAGUCUCAGGCCGAAGCCACACAGCAAGGGCUGGCCCAGCAACAAACACAGUUCCUCCAGGGCCCUCGGCUGCUCCAUGGAAACCAGUCUACCCAGUUGAUCCUGCAAACGGCGUUCCCACUGCAGCAGCAAGGAGCCUUCGCCAGCACACAACACCAGCAGCAGCAGCAGCUACAACAGCAACAUCAGCAGCAGCAGCAACAACUCCAGCAGCAGCAACAACAACAGCAACAACAGCUCCAACAACAGCAGCAACAGGAGCAGCAGCUGGCCUCUCACAGGGCAGAUAGCAUGUCAGGCCGCUCCAGCACACAGCCCCAGUAACCUGGCAACGUCCGAUCAGACAUGUGGACUGAACCAAGUCUAUUUGUCUGUGUGAUGGGGUGAAGAGAUCGGUUGAGAAAGCAGUAUUGAGACUAUGCCUCUAAGACUACCCUGCUUCAACUUGGUCUGUAGAGUUUGUGAUGGAUGGAUCAAUAGAUGGAUCUCUGGCUGCCUGCACUGAUCUCAUGAGCCACUGGCGCGUCAGAUAGAAAACAAUGCUGUGCUCACAGUGAGCACGGAGUCGCUCCGCUUCAUGGCCAUGCUUAGAACUCUUUCCCACAGAGACCUCCACUCUGUCGAGGUCCCCUCACCACUGUGACAGGGGCCAGUGCUUGUCCCCUACCCUGUCCUCUUGUUGUGUGUUCAGUGUGUGCUCCCGUCACCCUCACAGAUUUUAUUUAUGCAGGAUGAUCCAGUCUGGAGCUUCAAUCAAGGCUUCAAAGAAGUCCUACAGAGAGUAGACAGACGCCCCGUUUGUUUUCUGGUUUUCUCAUAUUGUUUUUCAUGUCAAAGUAAUUAUGGGUCAGAAAAUAUUUUUAAGAAUGUCAUGUGGAUUGAACUUUUAUUGUACAGAACAAAAAAUAAUAUGUAAAUAUAUGGAAAAAAAGAAAAAGAACUAAUAUUUUAUAUGAUGCAUGAAAUUAAAAGCAUAGUCUGUUAUUUGUAGCUUUGAAUAUACCUUUUUUUCUAGUACUCUAUGAAAAAAAGAACCUAAACACGCUUAAUGGCUGAUCUUUUCACAGAUUUUCUUCUUCCCAGGGGCCGUGUGUCUUUUUGGGACCGUGGGUGUCUGUGUAGCUGAUGCUGCUGGUCAUGUCACAGUUUGUUUCAUCCUCUUCCUCACUUUCAUAGUUUUAAUAAAACUCCUCUAUUGAGAUUAAAAACAGAAAUGUUUUAAAGUUACAAUAUUUUUUUAGAAUAUACAUUGUGGUCCAACGCGACAUGUUGAGGACUAAAUAGAUACAUGAUUUUACUCAGAACAAUAUUUUAAAUUGUAAAUAAAGCAAAGACCCAAAGUUGACCAAAAAUACUUUAAAUGUAUCCUAUGGAAAGCUUAUGAGCUCAUUAUUUUCUCUGCCAUCAUGCCUCAUAACAGUUGCCAUAGCUAUUCAUAAACAUGUUUUUACUUUUAAAAAGUCCUUAGUGUUUAUCUUUAGUUGAUUUAAAUAUGAGUGAGGCAUUAUGACUGUUUUAGUGUGGUCUCGUAACGCUCAUAGCGAUGCAUGCAAAGUACCUCUAGGUACAGACUAUACUAGUGCUUUACAAUACUGUACUUUUUUAGCACUAAAGGCUUGUGUAGAAAAAUGAGUAUUCUCAUAUAAAUAUAUAUUCAAUUACGUUUUAAAUGGUCACAAAAAUUACCUUAAACUCAGAAAUGCAAUUCACGCAGUGAUAUUUCUGCACAUUAUCCUAUUUCUGCCGUUAGAAAUCUAGUGUCUGUUCUAUGAAUGAAAUGCAUCCCCUUAUGUUCCUACUCUCUCCUGUCACUUGCAACUACAGCAUGUUUAUCUCCUAUUAAGCUUUUUAUGGGUUGGCAAUGUCAGAACAAACAAAUGAGUGAUAUCUCUCCUCUUUAGAACAUUAAAUGAUGGUGGAUCUCAUCAAAUAAGUGUUUGGGCAGAAUGCCGCUAGCAAUUGUUGUGAUCUGAGUUCAUCUUCAUAUGUUAAUAAAGUGAGCUUGUCUGUUUUAUCUAAAGCCAGUCAGACAGUGCUGGAGGCAUUAUAGUGUGUGGUGGGAUGGGGAGGGUUACUGUUUUAACCAAGAGAUGCAAAUCUGAGCUGCUGGGGUCAUUAAAGUAAACAUAUAGCACUUAUUUAUACCUCUCUAACACUAAGUACCCCUUACAGACAGUAUUCUCCACUUCUCAGUUGUUUGAAUGGGAGAAGAGAAACUACAAAAAUGUUUCCUAAUGUGUACUAUGGCUAAGCCCAGUCCAGACAAGAAUAGAGAGAAUGCUAAGGCUAUUUGAUCCAUGGCCUAGAACACAAAUUACCUCUGAAAUAAGUGAAACUGGUGUUAGUUGGACCUGCCAAGAGAAUGAAUUGAAACAAUUCAUCAUGUGGAUAACAGAUGUGGUAUGUUUGAAGUUUUUCUGCUCCUGCUCCUCUGCCGCUUCUGUCAGACAGUACUUAUCCCCAUGUAACUGUGUUAUAAGGUGAUGGUUUGAUUGUCGUGCUGAUGGGGUGUCGCUUGCCAUGGCAAAUUUAAAACGAUGUUUGUUGAGUGGGGUCCUAUGAACUGGUUGUAAUGUAUGUUGCCAUAUUAACUUCUAUAGGGGAUUUCCAGGUUUCUAUUGUAAAUGUUGUGGAGUGGGGCUCUUGGGGGUCGAGCCUCUGGUUUUCCAAGCUGCUCAUUUCCUGUCAGGGGCCUCUGUAGAAUGGCACUUUAGUAGUAGUCGUAUUGAAUGUUAACUUGUCACGGUAAGGGACAGGAUUAGUUAUGUUCAUCUCAAGAAAAAAACUAUUGCCAAACUAUUUAGUUAUGCUUGCUUGGGCAUUUCCCUCAUUCCUCGAUUUUCAGUGUGACAAUCCUGAAUCAUGUGGUCAGAAAGAAGUUAUUGUUUAAUUGGUAGCAUUUAUCUUUGUGGUCUGUUCAAUUUCAAUGGACUUUUCUUAAUAGAUGGCAAUUUUUUUUAUUGAGGACUGUGUGAAACCUACAUUAUUUCACUUUUUAUUGGUGGAAGAAAAUCACAUAUCAAACCUCUGGUAUCAUAGCACAACACUAUGUAGAAUGUCUGGGCCCUCUAGGGGUCAUUUCCUGCUCCGGUCUCUAACAUGGCUGGCUGCUCCAAUCUACAGUGCAUUGGGAAAGUAUUCAGACCCCUAGACGUUUUUUCUAAUUCUGAUACGUUACAGCCGUAUUCUAAAAUUGAUUAAAUAGUUUUUUUCUUCC